AUGAACGCAACAGCUUCUUCAGCAACAACUCCAGCAAAGGACUGGUGUGACUCAGACCCUUGUGGAAAAAAAAUGGCUAAAUGUGUUUCUUUAAAUAGCACUUUUACCUGCCAGUGCCAGUAUGGACUCUACUAUAGCAAUGAGGAUUGUCACAGAGGGGAAAUAUUCCCAGGGGUCAUUACACUGAAUGAAACAUACAGCGAUAGUUUUCAAAUUGUAUCUUCCGUGCAGUACGAAGUGCUGUUCCAAAAUAUAACAGCAUUUUUUAAGGAUGCCUUCCAGGAUGUAGAGACAGAAUUUAAACAGACUGUCAUCGUGAAAAUCGAAUCUGUAAAUGAAGCCAGAUCUUCUCUUCAAAUGAGGGUAACAGUGAUAAACUUGUUUGUGCAGAACUCAUCUGUGACCAAUGAUACGGUUGCUUCAAUGAUAAAUAACGCAAUAAACAAUUCAACCUAUGUCAUUGGCUACACAGGGACAACUUAUUGUGCUGCUUUUAAUUGUGACACUCAAACCACAGUCUGCGAAGAAAAAGAGUUUCCAACAUGCGAAUGCCUAAGUAAUUUCUCAAAGACAGAAUGGGAUGAUCGUUCUUGUUCGGAUUGCAGUAAAGACUGUUCUGCAGCAAACGGAGAGUACUGUGCAAUAGAAGACGGGGUUCCAAACUGCAAAUGCAUGCCUGACUUUGAAAAGAAGAAUGGAAAAUGUGUAUCCUGUGCAGUGGGCUACUCUGGAGAAAACUGCACGAACAAUAGUGAACUCAUCCUUAUAAUAGUGGGUACAGUGCUUGGAGUGAUUAUCCUGGGUUUAGUGGUAGCACUCUCUGUUGUGUCAGUAAGAGCCAAAUACAAACAAGAUCCAGAGAAGAAGAGACUGAUAAAGUCAGGAUAUUCCAGCCCGAAUACCUCUGAUGAUAGAAAGACCAUGAUGUUCCCCAGAGUCCAGACCACUUCUGGCCAUCUGAAUCCAGGAUAUCAGCCAAACAACCCCUAUGAGACGAGUUCUACAAAUAAAACUCGAUUUCCAGAGAGGGAUUAUGAUGAUAUGUAUGAAAUAUCACGGGAGCCUGCAGGCUUUAGGAUGCAGCGCAGAUACUAA